CCGCGCGACACGGGCGCGCGCACAUUAUUAUCGAUAUCUAUCGGCGGCCGACGACAGCAACCAGCGGCAGCAGCAAGCUACGGCGGCGAUGACAAGCGGGUAGUACGGCGUCUAUCUCUCCACUUACGCGGCGGCAAACCACCGAACACCGACCACUGGCGCGCACACCACUCCGUCGUCCGUCGUCGUUCGCCGCUCGUAUUACAAUAAUUAGUAUUGUUCACAGUAAAUUAUUACCAACGCCGCCGCAGUAAUUGUAUCCGUCCGCGCCGCGUCUUUGGCGUCCGCGUAUUCGCGUUAUACAACAACAAGUACGCCGCAGCGUUUCGGCCGUCGCGGCGUUUCGAAAAUCUUUGGCACGACGCCGUUGCAGCAAGCGGCGAGAGCGCACCGCGACUGCCAACGUUUAUGCCGUUCGCGGGCCGACGCGCAUCAACCGACCCGCGGUUUCCGUUGCCGCCUGCCGCGCGGCCGUCCGAACGGUUUCGCCGCAACCUCGCCGGUACGCCGAACUCCGCGUCGCCGCCGUCGUCUCGCGCGCGCGCUUGUGUGACGACCGCGAUACGCGCACGCAUAAUAUGAUAGCGGCGUCGUAACGAGACCCGAUAUAAUAUUGCGCUCGUAUGGAUUAUUGUUUUCCGUUCGCGACAACUAGGCGUUAUUCCGUACGCGGGUGAUGUGAGGUGCCGACCACAACUGUCAAUAUCCGUCGGAUCGCGCAGUACCCCGCACGGUAAUUCCACACACAUUCAUUAUUAUUAUUAUCAUUAUAAUUAUUAUUAUUAUUAUUAUUAUUAUUAUUAUUAUUACCUAUAUUUUACCUAACCGUAGUGUAUAUUAAUUAUGCGUAACGUUUUCUUCGCGCAUCUUUCAGAGUGUCUCUUUCGAGGACCGCAUAAUUAGCCGCAAUUAACAUGCCAAUUGCGUCAACAGGUGUAGUAGUAGGAGUAGUAGUCGACGAGACGAGUGGCAGCAAUAAUGGCCGUUUUCGUCGCAAGCACCGGUACUGAAACCAUUUCUAUCCGCCGGUAACUGAACGAUUUCAUACGCGCAUACUCUACGCGACGACAAUUCGCGUUCGACAUUCGACCCAACAUAGUAAAAAUUUACCGCCAACCGAUAAGUAUGAGGCAGGGACGCGGCGGACAACGUAGUAAAAAAUGUGAGUAUAAAACUUAAGGCUUCGUAUAGGUAACUACUACAGGUACCAAAUAAUUUAAACAGAUAUACGUAUCUACUAGAGGUACUAAAUAAUUUAAAUAAAUAAAGGUACCUACCCAUGUUUGUUUUCGAUGUUAGUGAAAUAAGGUAAUAGGCGUGUAAUUGAGCUUAUUACCCGUGCUAUAUGAUAAAUAAUUAUAUGCGUUUAACCCCAGUCUUUGAAUAAAACAUGAUAUUUCCUCAACAAUUUCCAGGUUCAAAAUAUAUAAUACCUAUAGGCUAAAUAAUAUGUACUUAAAAGUAAUCCGAUUUAUCAUUUUAUAGCCAUAGUUUUUGAUUACUGCUAUGAGUAAAUAAAAAUAUGAGUAUAAUAUGCAAUUAUACAUGCUAUGUACCCACCUAUAAAAAAAAAAAAAUAUAAAUUCAAAUGUAAAAAAUUAUUAUAUAGAUUUAUUGGUUUUACCAUGAUAUGUUUUUUUUCUUUCUGUAAAUAUUUUUUCGAAAAGAAAACUUGCUCAAAUGUAACUAGUAAGUGUAUCGCCUUUUCUGAAAGAGAAUUGUAUCUAGUUGGUGCAUAAGAGAGGUCACUAUUUGAUUUUCCUAGGGAUUUUUAAAAUAAUUGGGAAAAACUGGAAACCAAAUUAUAGGUACAAUGGCAAAUAUUUACAUAGCGCUAUGGCAUUGCUGAUUUCAUUGUGGUUAAUUUUUGUAAACUAUGUUUUCUACCAGAAAUAUUACAAUAGCAAAAUGAGAAAAAACCAGACAAAAAUCAUAUUUAUUGUAUUUUGGAUCUAGAUGUUCACAAUAAAAGUCUAAAUUCAUUAUAAGUUGUAGUUAGUGGUCAAAAAAUAAAAAUUAAAUGUAAUCAUCUAAUAUUUUUUUAUUAGUUUUAGUAUCAAAUUUUGAUGUAAAUUGUAAAUAUAUGAUGGACUUUCAAAUCAUGUAUAACCAAACUUUGCUCCGAAUUGUUUUUUGUUAGCAAUGGUUUAUCGUUGCUUAUAGAUAUAAAUUAAAUAAUUAAAUGUAUCCUACCUUACCAACUUCUCACCUACAGUAGUGACACAACCGUCACCGGUAUUAGAUCUUUUUCUUGUGUAUGUUAUCUGUAUUAUAACCUCAAUUUAAUACUAAUUCUAAUGAUUGUAUAUUUUUAAUUCAACAAUCAUUGAACCAUCUACUUUACAUGAUAAAUGUUAUUUUGUAAUAAUGUUUUCUCUUUUAGUUUAAAGAAAAUGAACAGCAAAAACCAAAAAUGAUAAUGUUCAGUAUCCGGAACUUUAUGUCCAAAAAAAUGUUUAUUUUAAUAAUUAUUAAAAUAAAAAAAAUAUAUUGCAUACUCAAUAAAUAAAAACUGAAAUUAAUUAAUUCAUUUAAUUAAUUAGUUAUUCAGUUAUCUUACGAUAAUUAUAAUCUAGAUCAUAAUUUAUUUUUAUGGAUGAGGGUUAUUUCAAAAUUCUCACUCCAGAAAUAAACUGUAAUAAAAGUUUAUUAUACCAUAAUGUCCAUAGUUUAAUAUUAGAUAAUAAUUAUUUACCUAUAGCUUAUGUACAAUGAUCUAAACUUAGAAGUUGAAAAAAUAUGAUAUAUUAAAGCACAUAACAUGGUUCUGUUAUUUCCUAGAAAAUAUUGGUUUUCACACGGAUUAGUAGAAUUCAAAACGGCUGUUACUUAGAAACUAUUCAUCAGAUAUAAAUGUGUAAUACAUUAGAAUUUUCAGAAAAAUAAACUUAAAAAUAUAGCUAUCUUUAAAUUUUCUGAAAAUAAUAAAAUAAAGUUAAUUUUUUUUUACUAAAAACAAAAAAUUAAUUUAAUAAUAAAUAUUUGUAGUCCUCAUACCUGUGAGUAAUAUAACAAAAAAAUCAGAAUUUGAUUAUCUUUAUUAUCUUCGUGGGACAGCCAGUAUAUAUGUACAAUUUGCUAGAGCGAAUAAAAAAAAUGCAAAUGCAACUAGUUCUGUUCCCCUAAUAAUGUUUUCAAAUAUCAAUUUUCUCUAACUUAACUUCAAAAAUUAACAGUGGUAUAUUAUAGUGUACAUUGGUUUAAUAUGUAGUAUUCCAAGUCUUGAUUUUAAAUUAUAACAUCAUUACCAAUGAAGUAUCUCAAUUUUCAUUGACCCCAUUGGACAUAGGUAAUUCUUCAAGUAUAUCUGUUUAUUUAAAUUGCUAUAUGCAUUAUAGCUUAUAGGUAAAUGUUAAUUUAAGUAUUAAUUUUUAAAGAUUUUUAAUUUAUUGCUGAAUUUUUUUAUAAAAUCAUUCGUUUAUAUUAAGUGCUUAAAUUAACCUAAAAUAUUAUAAGUAAUAUUAAGACUUCAAUAAAUGUCAUUAUAUAUAUAUAUAUACAUUAAUUUUAAAAAAAUCAUACAUUUUAAGAAUUAUGAUUUCAUUUUUCCAUUCAAAAAAUAAUUAAACAAAUCAAACUGAUAAUCUCAAAAUUUUCAAAAAGGAAAUAAAAAUGUUACAUUUGUAGAUUUUUUUUUUAGAGUUUUAAUAAUAAAAAAAUAAAAUGUAUAAUUUAACAUUGCAUCAUUAUAUGAAGGAAAAAUUAAUCCUUUUUCUACUAUCUUCAGACUAUGACCAUGACACAACAGAAUGUGUGUGCUACAUCAUUAGUCCAUGCAAAUAAAAGCUUAAUUAUUUUCAAGUAGGUAUAAACAGCUAACACUUGAAUGAUUAAUUUAUAUUUGAUGACAAUUUAAUUUAUUGAUACUUGCAUAAUCUUAAUGUUCUUAUUCACAUUUAUCUUGAGACUCACCUUAAAGUGUUUGUGGAUAAACAAACUGUUCAUAAUUAUCAACUUGAACCAUUUAACUUUUGUGGUUCAUUAAUACCUAACAUGAUUUGUACCAUGAUGAAUUAAAUAGGUAUAUCAGCAACUUUGCGAUGUACAUCACACACUUGUGUGAUGUAGGCUUUUCGGCUACUGUUAUCACAAUACGAAAUAUGAAAACAUUAAUUAUGAUUUGCAUUAAAUGCCUAUGAUUACUAUAAUUUUAAUUUACGUUUCUGCUUAGGAAAGUGUUUUAAAAGUUGCUCAAUAUAAAAAAGUCCUUCAACUCCUUUCUUUUUUACUCCUAUAACAAUCUGAAUACAUACACAGGCAUUUCAGUUAGUAUAAUAUGUGUAUAUAUAUAUUGUAUGAAUAAACAUAUGCAGGUAAUUAUCCGUAUUUAUUAAAUAAUUAAUUACCUAUGUUUAUUUGUUAUGAUUCGUAAUGAAUAGGUAGACAGAUAAAAAGAAUAAAUACAGAUAGCUUUAUGAUGUACAUUUUUUUAGUUUAUUUUUUUUUAUUUUUAGUGUUUAGCAGUAUCAUUAAACAAAAAUAAAUAAUUAAUAAAUCGAAAAUUCAAAUUCAACAUUAAUUUGUCUCCUAACUCUUUCCGGCACUGGGCGGAAAAUGAAAGUGGUAUGCACGGCAAUUUUUUUUUUUUAAUUUUAUUUGUUUCCUUAACAUUUAAUAUAUAUACUUACCAAACAAAUAAUCAUAGCACUAAAACAUUCUUUAGUUAAUUUUUAACCUUGAAAUUUGAAAUUUUAAGGUGGUUAGCAUAGCUAACCACCAUGCAUAUGAUAACAACAUUUUUCAGCAUAUCAUAAAGUGUUAUCGAAUAGUUUUUCAACAACCACAAAUAAGAUAAAAUCAGUAAAUUAACUUUAAUUUUAAAUUAUAAUUCAAACUAUGUCAUAAUAAAAAAUGUUGUUUGUCCUUUUUUUGAAUAACAAAAUGAAAUAAAUACCUUCUAAAAAUAAAAAUUUUAAAUACAUUAAUAGUAUAUUAUUUAUUUUUUAAUAUUUGUAUAAUAUUUUGUUUUAUGAAAAUCUUGAAAGCAAUUCGAAUCUUUUCUCAUACAUAAAAAAUUAAUCGUAAAUACCAUUUCAUACUUUUUCUGUCAAGCUUAUAGUCACUGUUCAAACGAUCAAAAUUAUCCACGAAGUUCAUAUUUUUAUUGUAAUCUAUCAACACUUUUGGACAAGAAACAAGCUUUUGAGUUCCAUCUUUAGAUUUUCUAUUUACAUUGCUAGUACCUUUAGGACUAUGUAAAGAUGAUAAAAUAUGAACACACUUAUUAUCUUUCCAUUUAUACAUUACAAUACGUAUAAUUAUAUAAAUGCAGACACCGACUGCGUAUUGGUUAUUGCAGUUGACCACCGAAAAUGACGAAAAUUACACAAGAUGUAAAGCAAUUGGGUCGAAUAGACUGAAAGAUAGACGACUAUGAAAGGGAAAUAAAGAUAAUCAUAAUGCGCAGAAAACAUGAUAAUGAAUAUUCUGGGAAAACCAACACAAAUUAAAUUCGACCAAUAUAGUUUUAGGAAAUAAAAUAUAACAAAUGUUUUUAAUAUUAAUUAAUAUUGAUAUAUCCCAUGCCAUCUGGUGGUAUAUGAACUAAUCGGCUUUGGUGGUCAGUAACAAUGACCACGAAAUGAGAAAAAAAGAAAAUAUAUUUUCUAGGUGGUUAGCUCUACUAACCACCAAUAAGCAGAAAAAUUAAGUGGUCAGCUGUACUGAAGCCACCAUGCCGGAAAGAGUUAAAAGCAAGACGUGGUUAACCGCCUUUAUUUUAGGUAUUAUACGAUAAUUUGAAUAUAAAUAUUAUAACCAAUAGGAUGAGAUAAAAGUUUAUAUCACAAAUUUAGAUGGUGAGGAGGGGGGUAGGAAUAUGCUUUAACACGAUGAAUAUAGAGUUUUUGCUAUCAUACCUAUUUAAUUUAUUAUGAUUAAUAAUACACACACAUAUAUUAUAAACUUAACAAUAUUUUUAGUGGAAUUCCUCCACAUCCUCAGGAGUUUAAUUUUAAUACUCGUCUAUUUUUCUGACAGUGUUAACUGAAAUAUUUUGGUUUACCACUUUAUGGCUUUGGUAUUAUUGUUAUUAAAAAUAGAUUUUCUAUUUAAAUAAUAUUAGAUGAGUUAGGAGAGUUAAAAAAUCUCUUAUGUAAAAACAAAAAAAAAUCUAUAAACCUAAAUAAAUAAGAAUUUAAUUUAAUUCUCAUGGUGUAUGAAACAAAUUCAGUGAGAGUUAAAUAUGAUACUCAAGCCAGUUAACAUAUUACAAUUAAAUGUAGGUACCUCAUUUAUCAAUUUUACCAUUUCAUUUUAAAUCAGAUCAUUGUUUGUAAUUUAUACUUGAACCUAUGAAACUAAUGGUUUUUAUUUACUUUGUUGUAAUUAUUUUUAAUGAAUUUAAUUGCUAUGUAAAUAUUUACUGAAAUUUAAUUAUUAAAAAUAUUUGUCAUUUUUUUUAAUUUUGAUUAAUCUAUCACUAUUGUACAAUUUGAUUUGGUAUUAAGUAAUUACGUUUUUUAAAUCAGAUCUGUCAUAUAAUAAUUGUAUUACAGAAUUCUUAUUAUUAUGUAUUGACAAUGGAGAAAACAAACUUGAAACUUAACUAUGUAUAGGUUGCUCUAAAUUGUAAUUCUAUGAAACCUUCUUUAAUUAGUAUGGAAGAUAUUUUUAAAUAUCUAUAAAUAUUUAAAUCAAUUUUCAAUAAACAACACUAAUAAUUGUUGGAUUUCUUAAUUUUAAGAUUAAUUUCAACAACACUUAAGACUCUAAUAUAUCUUUUGUUUUUACAAAACAUUUUUUUGAAUUAAAGUAUAGGUACACAGAAAGCUACACAUGCUAUGUUUACUAUGUUUGCUAUAUUUAGGAAAAAUAGCUUUAUAUUACAACAAUGUAAAUGGCCAUUCACUGGUGUAUAAUUCUAGGCUAAGUUGCAAUACAAAGAGACGCUUACAGGCUAAUGUUGAACAAAUUUGACAGAACCAAUACUGAAAAAAAUUAUAAGACACCACAUACUAUACUUUCUUAAUUUUGCAUGUCAUAGGUACUUUCACAUCAUAACGUAAGGUAUUUACCGUUUUUUAUUUUCAUCGAAUUGAUUAAUAGUUACACUAAAAUAUUUCUUAAAUUAAACUUUAUCUUCGCGUGGCAUAUUUAUUAUAUGAUGAAACUCACUCACCAAAUUUGUUUCUUACUACUAUGUAACGCAAGUAAUAACAAAGUCUCAUUAUUACUGUCAUCACUGCCUUCACUCUCCCAAGGCAACUUACAUUAAGACAUCUCGAAAGCAAUUGAUAUUAUUUUGUUUAUUUACAUGGCAUACAUAGCAAAGGUAGCAAAGUACUUUAUAUAGCCACAGCAUUAUGCAAUUAGUUCUCUAUUAAUAUCAAUGGAAAAUUCAGCCCAUAAAGAUAUUUUUCUUGUAAUAUUAACAAUAUCAAUUAUAUAAUAAUACAUACUAUAUGUAACUUAACUUAAUUUUAUAGCAUGCGUUUUGCAAACUUAUACUUAUAUAUGCAUAUUUUAAUAUUUAUAGUUUGAUUAUAUUAUAUUCUACUGUUAUAAUAAUUAUGCAUCCACUACCAUUGUAAAUCAAUUUUUUUUUUUAUGCAAUAAAUAAAUAAUUGUUUUCUCUAAUUUUGAACAUUAUCAUUACUUAAAUUCAGAUAAUAUCUACUCAACAAAUUGUAAAUUUCCAUUCAAAUCAUUGUAUUGGUAAAUUAUAUUUACUUAAUAUUGGAUACACAAAGCAACAUUAGUAGAUUAAAUGGUACAAUUUUUCUCCAGUAAAUUUGACUAUAAGAAUUUUUUUUUUUAAUAAUUGGGUUGGAAAUGUUUGCUAGAAGUGGAAAUACUUUUUAUAUUACUCAAUACAAAAUACAAGAUAUCCUUUAUUUUUCCAAUUUAAAUUUAUUGAAUCUUGAAUUAAAAAAUAUUUUGAACUUUAAAAUAUAUACUAAGUAUUUGCAAUACAUACCUAGUAUACAAAACACUCUUCCAAUAUUCUCUAUUAAUCCUAAUGUUUACUUGACUGAAAGUCACUUUACAAUUUCCAGUAGAAUUUUAUCUAGUUUUAGUGUUUAUCACAAAAUUAAUUAUUUAUUAAUGCUAUCACAUAAAUGUCAUAUAUUAUAGUAAUUCUUUUUUUUUUUUGUUAUUUCUUUGUAGCUGGAUGCAGUAGACGUGGAGGAGGAGCUGGUGGUGGUAGCGCUAGUGGAGCUGGCAAUGCAGGUGGUGGAUCUGCUGUAGCACUAGCCGCUACUCUUGGAGAUGACAGUCUAGGAGGAGGUGGGCCUGGGGGGCCCGGAAGUUCAGCUGCCGCUGCAGCUGCUGCUGCAGCAGCAGCAGCGGCAGCUGCGGCUUCUUCUUGGAAAGCUGGAGGAGGUCCUGGAGGACCCGGGGGUGGUCCUGGAGAUCCAUUUGGAAUGGGAUAUGGUGGCCCUGGUAGUGUUGGACCAUACCAACAUCACCAGCAACAAGGACACCAGUCUCCUUCAUUAUUCCACCAGCAACAAGGUUCUCCUGCGCCUGGAGGUGGACCUUAUGGAGGCGGUGGUGGUGGAAAUAGUACUCCGCAACACCAACAGCAACAGCAUUACAGCCCGUCGACUCCUGGGGGAGGAGGUCCUUCAACUCCUGUGCCUUAUGGUGGUGGACCUGGCACACCAAAUAGUCAACAUGGUGGUGCGGGUGGGCCCUUUAAUGGUGGAGGAGCACAAAUGCCUUUUGGGUCGCCUUCGUCUGUGAGUUCAGGGGGUGGAGGAGGAGGAUUUGGUAGUGCUGGGCCUGGCAGUAAUCGUCCUGGUUCAGGUCCACCACCUCCACAACAAUCACCUUUUGGUGGUCAGCAAUUUUAUGGAGGCAGCAGUGGAGGGCCUAUGCCUCCAGGCUCUCCAUUUAGUCAACAAAUGAUGAAUCACCAUGGUGGUGGUGGUGGUGGUGGUGGCGGCGGUGGUGGUGCUGGAGGAGGAAUGAUGAAUGCCACAGACUCUGGCCCUGGUGGUCGCAUGAUGGUCGAUCAUCCAUCGUAAGUAUAUCAGACAUUUUUAAGUAUACAGAGUGUUCUAAAAUGUUAUCUCUAUGCUAAUAGUUGUCAAUGUAACUUUUUUUCUCAAUUAGGCUUUGUUUCUGGAGAGGAUACAAAUGUAGACAAAAAUUAAAUUUUUAUUUUCAUUUCUUAAAUGCUGAAAAAAAAAAAAUUAUAUAAUAAUAAUGUAUAUAUAAAAUAUUUUUUCACUUUUUAAAAUUUCAAGAAUAGAUUUAUUGUAAAAUGCAUUACUCUAAACAUUUGAAUGUACUAUACUUACUUAUCAAUAGUUUCUUAGUAAUAACAGUUUACAUUUCUAGAAGAUUGGUGUGAAAAUAAUCAAGUUUCAAUAGAAUAAGAGUUAAAGAAAUCACAAUCAGCAUAGUAAUUGUUUAUCUUCUAUUGAAUAUUAGUUGUUUUUACACCUAUUUUUUAUGUAUUAAACAUGUCUAUAGAAAAUGUAAAUAUGGUACAUUAAACUGUUUAGAAUAAUAUAGUGAUUAAGGAAUGAAGAUAAAAAUGUAAUUUUUCUCUACAUUUGUGUCUCCUAAACACGAAAACCAAAUGAAAAAAAAAAAAAUGAACAUUAACUACUUAAUAAUAUAUGUCAUAGAUGUUUUCCAUCGUCAAUGGUUGGUGGACCAAGUGGUCCUGGUGGUGGUGGAGGGCGUCGAGGAUAUGGAGGACCUGGAGGAUAUGGUGCAGGACCAACCGGGCAUCAUGGAGGUGGACCAGGACAUCAUGGUGGAAGUGUACUGGGAGGGCCACAUGGUGGACCUCCAUCACAUUUAGGAAGCAGUGUACAUCACAGUAGCCCUUCGGGUCAUCACGGAGGGCCACCAGGACAUCAUGGAGGACCUUCUCACCAUGGUGGACCUCCAGGAAGUGUACCUCAUGGAGGACCCCCAGGAAGUGGACCUCAUGGAGUACCUUCUCAUCCACACAGUGGUGGUGGACCACCACACCAUGUAGGCGGUAUACCUCUUCAUUCCCACAGUGGUGCCGGAGGCCCCCCGCAUGGUCCUCCACAUCAUCCACAUGGUCCUCCACAUGGACCCCAUGGGCCUCCACCACCUCCCCACCCACACCCAUCACAUGCACACCAUGUACAGCCGGAUUAUAGGAUUUUUGAACUGAAUAAGAGGUUGCAGAAUCGCAAUGAGGUAAUGUGUUAAAAAAAACAUUUUUAUAUUUGAACGGAAUUUUUGUCAUGCAUAUAAUGAUUAUUUUAAAAUUUGUUUAAACAUUUUUAUCCUAUUUAAUUAUGUUUUAAUAAUAUUUAAAUUGAAAUUUUAUACGUUUUGAUUACAGGACAGUGAUAAUGUGUGGUGGGAUCAGUUUGCCACAGAAUUUUUUGAAGAUGAUGCCACACUCACUCUAACAUUUUGUUUAGAAGAUGGUCCAAAACGUUAUUGUGAGUAUAAGAACUCAAUAAAGUUUAAUAUAAAUAGCAUAAUACAAAAAUAAUUAUAUUUAUUUAUUUUUGUUAUUCUUAGCCAUUGGAAGGACCUUGAUUCCUAGAUAUUUUAGGUCGAUAUUUGAAGGUGGAGUCACUGAUUUGUAUUAUCAUUUGAGAGCAAAUGCCACUAAAGAGUCAUUUCAUAAUACUAGUCUUACUCUGGACUGUGACCACUGUACCAUGGUUACUACUCAUUUAACAUCAAGUGGUGGGCCCCCAUCUUCUAUUCCUCAGUCGCCUGGACCAGGAGGUCCUGGUAGUGUUGGUGGACAGCCCACUUCAUUGAAUGGUGGUAUCAGUAUGCAAAAAUCGCUGGUAGCGCAAGGACCAUCUUCCCAGCAAUCAGGUAUAUAAUUUAAUCAAUUUUUUUUUACCAUAGUUUCAUGCAAUAAGAUUUUAUAUAUACAAAGCUUUUCCCCCCUUUUAAUUGCAUAUAAGAAAAAUUAAAUCCUGUUGAUAUAUAAGAUAUAGGAAAAAUGGACUGCUCUGAAUUAUAAAUAUUUAGAUACAAAAUUUGGACAAGAUUAAACUAACUUAACUAGGCUUAUCUAAUUUCCUAAUCAAAAGUGGACUUGUCUGGUAGUUUUUAAUAAAUUAUAUAAUGAAUUACAGCAUUUUUAUAUUAUUACUAUUUAUUUUAUUUAUUAAACUAUUAAAGUGUACGGAAAGAUCCUCUUAAAACAUUAUUCUAUAUAAAUAUAUUUUUUUUCAAUAAUUUUAUGUAAUCAGUUGUUCAUUAUUUUAUCUUUCUUUUGUAUUGAUGUUUAUUUAUAUAGACAAUAAAAUAUAUACAUAAUUCAGUUUAAAAUAAACCGCAAUUUAUAUUUUAACCAAAUAUAACGUAAAUAAUAAAUAAUUCAAAGUAUUUAAGUGAACAUUUUUGGAACUUAAAUUAAAAGCCAUUAAAAAUAAUUUUAUGUUUAAUGUGACUUUAAUAUAAGAUUUAAGGAUGUAUGGUUGCAGAUACUAACACAGGAAACCCAACUUUUAUUUUCAAAGUAGAAACACAAAGUAGGUCACUUACACAUAAUAUUGCAUCUUUAAGUCAAUUUCUUUCUUUUGAUUUAAUUUGCUAAUUUUAGAAAAUGUACAUUUAUAUAUAAUGUAAGUCAUUUAAAAUAUAGGUAGCAUUUUAUAUAAAAAUUAAUUUUUAAAUUUUAAAGUAUUAAACUUGAAAAUGUAACUGUCAAAAAAAAUGAUAUGCUGCCACAGUCCACCAAUUGCUCAUCUUUAAACUAUAGAAUAAUAAAAAGUGGUUUUAGUUAUAUUACAUUAUUUUGUUUAGUAUUAAGUUAUCACUCAAUUGUUUCAUGAAUUUAUUUUUUAUUUUUAUUUAUUUCAUAUUUGUAUAGUACUUGGAGGCGGAGGACCAAUGGGAGCCUCAGGUGGACCACCUUCUCCACCUGUAUACACUAGAGUGUGCACUGAAGGAAGGCUGACAUUAGAAUUUACUUAUGAUGAUAUGAUGCGUAUAAGAACGUGGCAUUUAGCAGUUAGACAACACAGAGAACUCGUGCCUAGAACAGCUGCAGCAGCGGCUGUUGCAGCAGUAGUAAUGAUGCAACAAGGAGGUCCUGGUGGUGGAGCUGAUGGUGGACCUCCAAGUGGACCAUCUCCACCUAACCCUGAAAUUGUUCACCAACAGGUGGCGAAAAAUAUUACACGGCAGGGAAUUACAAACUCUACACUCAAUUACCUAAGAGUGAGUAUUAUGUUAAAAAAAAUUAUACUUAUUUAUGAACUACUAGCACCUAAUCACAAUAAAAAUAGACCUGCUAUAAUGUAAUAGUUUCUUGUAGUACUCUUCUGAGGUGGCAAUUGCUUAACAUAACUUAUAUAGGAAAAAAAUACCUUCUUGUUUUGUGUAUUUUAAUUAAAUUACAUUAUGUUAAAUUGAAUAUUAAAACUAUUUGUUUAAUGUUUCUCAUUAGCUCUGUGUCAUAUUAGAACCAAUGCAAGAAUUGAUGUCUAGACAUAAAGGGUAUGCCCUCAGUCCUAGAGAUUGUCUGAAAACUACUCUAUUUCAAAAGUGGCAGCGUAUGGUUGCUCCACCAGGUAACAAUAGCUUUAUAAUAAUUAAUUAUAUAUUAUAUAACUACAAGAUGUUACUGGUAUUAUUUAUUUAAAUAAUAAAUAGUUAAACAAUUAACCAUUUUAUUGGAUGCUAUUGUUUCCAUCAUUGAUAGCACCAGCAACAUCCCUAACAUAAGAAAGAUGAGUAAAUUCUAAAAUUUUGAUUAUUGAAUUAAUAGAAUCACAGAGACCAGCCAACAAAAGGCGUAAACGCAAGGGCAGUAAUUCAGGUGCUGGCGGUGGUCCUCCAAAUACUCCUGGAGGAGGCCCAGGUGGUGGGCCCGGUGGUGGACCAGCAGCUUCGAAAAAGCGGAGUCCUGGGCCGAAUGGUGGUGGAGGUGGAGGUGGUGGUGCUGGAGGAGCAGGUUUCAACCUAGCAUCACAGGUAUAGUAUUAAAAAAAAAAAAAUUAACACGCUUAAUAAUACAAUAUUUGAUUAUUGUAGGGUGACCAUAUUAAAAAAAGGCAAUUUUUAUUUUAUUUUUGAAUGCAAUUUUUUUUUUUUUGUACAUACUUUUUGUUCAGUAUUCAAUUAUCCAAACUUUAAAGGUUAUGUAGUUCUUAUUGUGAAAAAAAUAAAAUUAGAUGUUACUUAAUAUGUUCUUCUAAAACUGAUGAGUUUUAUUUUUACAGCACUUUCAAAUUUCCUUUAAACAGUUCAUUUAGUAUAUUUGUUUUUUUUUAUCAAGCUGUAUUUUCUUUAAUUUUUGACUAGUGAGUUCUAUCUGAAUGUCCUUCGUGGUGUUUGCUUAAAAACAUGCUGUACAGGAAAAUUUCUGUUAGAAAGAGAAAGCUUCCUACUGACCACAUUGAAAUCUGUUAAAUACUUCUAUUCCAAACAAUGCAUCUUCAAAAUAAUCAAUCUUUAACUUCUGUUUAUAAUUAUUUGAAAUUAAAUGAAAAAUCAGAGUUCAAUACUAUUUGUAAAUGUUGUUUAUCAAUUACAAAAAAUAUUAUGUAGGCAAUAAAUUAUCAUCAUUUUCAUCCAUAAAACCCCAUCUGCUUAAAUGGAUAUUAGAUUAGUAGAAGUCUUAUCUUUAUGAUGCUCAUUAAAAUUUAAAAAAAUGUGUAAAACUAGCACUAUAUGUGUUGUUUCCAUCUUAUUAAUUUAUCUUAAUUUGCCUUCAGCAGAACCAAUUUUAUGCUGUUAAUUUAAAUAUUAGAACACAUAUUCAACUAUUCAACUUGAAUAUAAGAACAUUAUUUGUGUUCGUAUCUUACUCUGUGUAUGAUCAUAGUUAAAUUUAAUUGUAUAAAACAUUUAAAUAUUUUGGUGGAAUACGAGCAUGUAAAAUAUUACAGUUAAAAAAAUUCCUAUAUCCUCUAAAGAUACAAAUAUUAAAAAUCCAUUCAAUAUACACACAUAAGCUGCUCUUACCUUUAAAUUUGAUAUUAAGUCAAUUCACUCCUACAUUAAAAUUAAAAGCACAAAAUUGGAUCUGUUGAAUGAACAUUUUUGUGGUGUACAUUUGUAAGCCAGAUAUAACUAGCGUGUAAUUUUCUACAAUUGUAGUAUUUUGGAGUAUGCAUUCCGACAUCAAACUUAAUAUUGUCACCGACAUUAUCUCUUGUGAUUAUUUGUUUAUAAAUACAAACAUGCUCACAUUUUUGUCAGCAAUUCUUGUUAAUUCAAAAAUAUAAUAUAAUUUUAUAUUUUAAAAAAAAAAUGUGUAUAUAUUAACAAUAAGGAAUAAUUGGAAUCGACUUAUAAAAACAGGACAAACCACUCUCUGUAGGAAGUUCGUCAGGACAACCGGACACAAAGCUGAAAUAAAGGACAAUUCCUGUAUAAAACAGAACGUAUGGUCACCCUAGAUUAUUAUGACCAUUGUUGGGAUAUGAUGCAAAUUGUAAGUAAUUAUAUUUAUUUGUUUUAUGGGUCGAGCAGGAUGUAAUGGUUGUUGGAGAACCGUCGCUGAUGGGUGGUGAAUUUGGAGACGAGGACGAGCGUUUGAUCACGAGAUUGGAAAAUACCCAAUAUGAUGCUGCAGCGGCGGCCGCAGCCGCUGCUGCUGCCGCCGCCGCUGCGGCCGCAAAUUCAGCCGCAGCUUCAGUAAUGGGCGUCGGCCCUGGUGGACCAGGAUCUGUAGGUUCUGCAGGAGGCAAUGAUAUGCAACAACACAUAGGCGGUGGGGGUGGACCUGGUGGUAUGGGACCAGGUAGUGGUAUGGGACCAGGUAGUGGUAUGGGACCAGGCAGCGGUAUGGGACCAGGCAGCGGUAUGGGACCAGGCAGCGGUAUGGGACCUGGCAGCGGUAUGGGACCAGGUAGUGGUAUGGGACCCGGUAGUGGUGGUGGACCUGGUGGUAUGGGACCAGUCAGUGGUGGUGUUGGAUCAAUGGGUCCAGGAGGACCUAUGGGUGGUGGUGGUCCUGGUGGUCCUAUGGGACCAGGAUCCAUGAUGGGUGGUGAUCCACUUUUUCCACCACCUGGUAGUGGAGCUGAUGGCAGUGCCCCAGGCACACCCACUGGAGGAAGUGGUGGCGGAGGUGUGGUUUCA